UGUAGUAAAAAGUUAACGUGUUAGAGCUAUCUAAGAAUAACGCUCGUUUAAAAUUAUCACAGCGGAUAUUUAAUGCCAUUGCCAAAUUAAUCAACAUGGCGAUCCAUGAAGCAUCAUGUUUGAAUUCAAGUAGUAGUUCUGAUCAACAAGCAAAGACUACCAAGAAGAAAUCGUCACCAAGAAGAUGGUUUGUGUUGGUAUCAGGAUAUCUAAUCAUGUUUCUCUGCACUGGGUUCCCCUUCAAUGUGUCUGUCAUCAACGCUGAGCUCCUCCGUGCAUUUAAGAAAAGUAAAACAGAAACGGCUUUGGUUCAAUCAAUUAUGGUCGGGGCGCUUUAUGUAGCAGGAACUCUCUGUGGGAAGUCUGUAGCCAGAUACGGAGCUAGAGUGACUGGGAUAGCUGGAGGUUUGUUGGUGACACUCGGUCUUGUCCUCUCUUUCUUUGCCCAAAGUAUCCCUCAUCUCAUCGUGACGCUCGGCCUAGUUUCAGGAAUUGGUUUCUCUGCGACGUUUAUUUCUGCUUUAACGAGUGUCGGAGAACACUUUGAGGGACAUUCUAAACUGAUGGCGCUGUCGUUUCUCACAUUUGGAUCCGGAUGCGGUGGUAUAACACUUCCCUUCCUCCUACACUUCCUCAUUGAAGAGUUCGGUUGGAGAGGGUGUUUACUCAUCACAGGAGGACUUAUGGCAAAUAUAGCGCCCUUUUUUGCUGUAUGCAGACAGCUAUCUGUGAGCGUUCAGCAGAUUACAGAGAAUAAAUCAGAUGAACUAAACACUGAAGCAAAACCGGAAGGUGACGGUUUUACGAAAUCGCUACGUGCGUUAGGGAAAAAUAAAGUUUAUUUAACACAUGUUGUUGCUAUGUGCUGCACACUUCCGGUCAUAAAUUCGUCAUUGGUUUUCAUGAUUGAUUUCCUGAAGACACAAGGGUUUGACUCUGAAACAGCAAUACUAUUGUAUUUGUAUUCACAAAUAGCAACAACAGUGUUUGCACUCGUACCAAGCUUGUGUAAAAAGUACAUUCCUCACACCAGCGUUCUUAUUAUCCCUGCGUAUUUUACACUAAUCGGAUCAUCGGUGACUGCUUUCCUUCCUCAUGCAGACACGUAUGCGCAGUUCGUUGUUCUCCUCGUCUGUUUGGAAAUGACGUUAGGUGUUUCCAUCACAACCAUCUCCAUGACAACAAUGAAGGUUGUGGGACUCAAGGACUACUCGGCAGGAUUGGGAGUAUUAAUGACGCUAAUAGGCAUUAGUGGCAGCAUUGCGGGACCAAUUGUAGGACUGUUCGUUGAUCUGACGGGAUCCUACACGAAGCCAUUUUACGGUAUGUCCGCUGGUCUCGGCUUGGCGGCCGGCCUGUUCGUGUUAGCUGCGGCAAUAAAACAGAAGUCAAAAAGCAAACAAUUGGACAACGAUGAUGAUAUCACCGAGGUCGUGGGAGCCGUCAAUCCUGCAUUUUCUAUAUAAAAAGGAGUAUGAUUGAUUUUACUAUUUUUUAAGUGAAGUAGAUACAGGUGCAGCAUGCGAUACACUUUGACGAAGUUGUGUUUUUAGAUAUGCUGCACCGUAUAUCAACAGCGGUUGAUGUUUUACAUUUCGAGCUCUGGUAACUGUAUUUUAAGAAAAUACAAUUUUUCAGAAACCAGUUGCAGCUGAGCAAACUAAAAUAAACAGAACGUAUUUAAUCAAAAAAUGAUUUGGGAAUAUCGCAUGAAUAAAUAAAUUCCAACUAGCUUAUUGAUGUUAUUACAGCAAUAGGCAUAGCAACGCGUUUUUAUUAAUUACUACAUUUAUAUAUGUAAUUUUUUGUUCGUAUAAGGAAGGGAAUUUUGAAAAAUGACUUUAUGGCAAAUGGUCGCUUAAAGGUUUCAGUUUACUUUAAAACUCCAAAUUAAAACGAUUGAGUGAUAUCACAGUCUCAUUAUUUCCUUUGUUUCAUAUGACAUAGGUGCUACCUAGAUUUACUGUGUUUACUUCAAAUACAAUGUCAACCACUAGAUCAGAGUACUGUAUUUAUACAGCGGAAAUAGAACGGAAAUAGAGUAGUUAUUUUCAAUAUUCCAACCUAUUAUUAUCAAUAUGUCCACUUCAUACCUGAACCCUGAAUGCAUUAGUGACAUCGUCAAUUGUUAUGACAACAAGAAAGAUGUUAUGUUUUUCCUUCCCAGAACGUCUUUCUUCCAGAUACAAUGUAUUGUGGUAUGACUGUAUUUUACAAUUCUUAGAUAAUAAUAUGAAAGUCGCACAUCAUGAUUUACUGCCACCCCUCAUCAGCGCCUGGUGAUUUUUUGACAAUUUAAUGACAAUUUAACUAUGGCAAUGGAAGUAACUUGUUCAAACAUGUGUUACAUGCGCAGAAAUGAGAGAUACAAAAUAAAGAACACCUUUAUUAUUUUACUUUUUAGCCUUUUCCGUUAAUUAAUCCCAUAUAAUACAAUAAAUCAGAUCCA